GGGUGUGUUUAACAGAAGGAAGCAAUGGAGACCUGCCUGUCAGCCAGCCUUUAGAGCUAAUUAGCUCAGCACACAACAAAGAUAAGUGAGCCUGGGAGGAGGGCCCCCUGAGGGGUCUUUAGAUUCUGGGAAAUGUCUGAUUGGCAGAUGUUAAAGGGAUUCUUGGUAAUCCUGUGCAUCAAUGAGCUGCACAAAUUCAGUCCAGGACUGCAGGAAUUCAGGCAUGAGGACCCUGUGCAGCAGGCUCACACAGGCAGACCCGAGAUGGACAGAACCUUGGAAUCCUUGAGACACAUCAUUGCCCAAGUGUUGCCUCACAAGAGACCCGCUCUAGUCUUCAAAGAUUUGAAUGUGGUGUCAAUGUUGCAGGAGUUUUGGGAAGGCAAGCAGCAACAGAGGGCUGCAUUCCCCAGUGAAGGCCUGGUGGUGUACGAGUCCCUUCCAUCUCCUGGGCCACCCUUUGUGAGUUAUGUGACCCUUCCAGGGGGAAGCUGUUUUGGCAACUUUCAGUGCUGCUUAAGUAGAGCUGAAGCCAGACGGGAUGCAGCUAAAGUGGCCCUAAUCAACUCCCUCUUCAAUGAGCUUCCCUCUCGAAGGAUCACCAAGGAAUUCAUUAUGGAGAGCGUGCAGGAAGCAGUCGCCUCCACUAGCGGCACCCUGGAUGACGCGGAUGACCCCAGCACCAGCGUCGGAGCCUACCACUACAUGUUGGAGUCGAACAUGGGGAAGACCAUGCUGGAAUUUCAGGAGCUGAUGACCAUUUUCCAACUGUUACACUGGAAUGGAAGCCUGAAGGCCCUGCGUGAAACAAAGUGUUCCCGACAGGAAGUCAUCUCCUACUAUUCCCAGUACUCCCUGGAUGAAAAGAUGCGCAGCCACAUGGCCCUGGACUGGAUCAUGAAGGAGCAGGAGACCCCAGGAAUUCUCUCUCAAGAGCUACGAAUGGCCCUGAGGGAGUUGGAGGAAGCCAGGAAAGCAGGACAAGAACUACGGUUUUACAAAGAAAAGAAAGAAAUCCUGAGUUUAGCCCUGACUCAGAUCUACAGCGAUCCUGACACUUCCUCACCCAGUGAUGACCAACUGAGCCUCACUGCCCUUUGUGGCUAUCACUAGCCAGGCCGGGUUCCAACUCCUCUAGAGGCUGGCAGAGCCCACACUAACAUUAGGGAGCUCACUAAAGGAGAGAUUACGGGAGGCUUUAGCACCUACAGCUAGUACCUGAAGGUGGUACUAAUUCUCCCCGCCCAUUUCAUUCACAGAAUCUGGCAGCAGUAAGACCUUCAUAUAUGGGACCCAACCUCCCACUCAAUGCUAUUUUUUAUUUUUUUCCCAUCACACUCCCAAUAGUUCUACCUCAAAAUGAAAGGAUAGAGACAGGAUGGCUUGAAAAAUAUUUUCCAAGUUCGGCUCCAGCCUAAGGCCCAGUUGACAUGUGACCUGCUAGAUUAUAUAUGUUGUUUCAAAGAAUGGGCCAGGGCAGCAUCCCCCAAAAGAAUAUCAGGCAGGAUUGGGGAAAAUAGCAUGAUAGCAAUUUUUAUUAAAUAGAAAACAUGGGUUGGGAUUAAAUAAAAACAUGGAUUGUUUGUUAAAGAUUCAAAGAUCAGAGUUUUUUCCUAAGCUUUGUAAACUAAGAGAGCUUACACUCUACUAGCUACAAACCAAAUCUACAGUGAGAACUUUAUGUGGACAUCCCACUAUCAGAGAUCUUGAAGUGAUAGCAUGAAAAUACUGAAAAAAAUCAAUGUGAUUUAAAAUGCUGUUGUGAUAAUAAUUUUUUUAAAUCCACACCCUUCCAUAUCACCUACAGUAGAUCCCUUAAAAAGAAUCUUCAAGUAGAAUGAAUAUCCAAUUUUUAUGAGUUUUGCAAUCAGUCAUGUUCAUUUCUAAUUUGCAAUAAAUAACUUGAAUUGAUUUGUUUUUAUUUGUGCCACCACAGUCAUAUAUCUAUCAUGGGGAAGGUUACUGGCAUUUUAAAGGUUGAAACAUUUUGAAAAAUUAUAAGCAUUUAAUAAUGUUGCAUUUAAUUAAUUUCUCAUGUACUAGAGAGAAGGAAUCUUCAGCUGCCUUCACUAUUGUUUGAGAGCAUAAGCCACCAGUAGCUCAAAUCUAUUGCCAUUUUUAAGUUUAAAUUGCUGGAAUCUUCUUUAAAGAAAGUAAGACAUUGCCAUCUCUCUUUGAAAAGAGCUUGGGCCCAACGGCUGAUUAGAAAGCCAAAAGCAAAUACAAACUAAAUUUUAGAUGGUUGGUGGUCAUUCAAAUUUAUAGUGGCAGCGGUGACAACUUUAACUCUUGUAGGUAUUUCCGUAUAUAUAACACGGAAAGGAGUCCCUUGUAUUUAGUCCAAAAAUUCAAAUUAAAAAAAAACAGUUUUCUCAAUUUUAAAUAAGUUUUCUUUUCCUUCUUGUUUAGGCAAAUGGAAACUAAUUUUCCUGAAAGAUAAAACUAUUAUAGCUACUUUAAAUUUAUAAAAAUAUGAUACUUUAGCCUUCUAUCUAAAUAUGUAGCAAAGUAUUUGGCACUCCUUAAAUCCCUAUGAAUACUAUUAUGUAUUGAUCAUAUAUAUUUUGGAAUUAGUCAUAAUAAUUAAAACUUAACUUCACAUAUUACAUUUCCCUCACUGGGGGAAAUUUACCUGCAUAUCUGCCCCACACUAAAGUUUUGAAAAGGUAAUACUAUGUAACAUUAUAUACAUUUUAUUUAAAAAUAUUGUUUUAACAAAAAUCACAUUUCUCCCCGUAAUGAGGCUUAAUGUCACCUAGAAGAAAAUUUUGUUCCCUUAUAUUCCCCCUAAAAGAAUCAGAAUUAAUGUUUAUAAGUUGAAUAAAUUUUGAGGAAACCACCUAUCUACAGUAGUUUUUAAAAUAAAGUCAUUACUCUUUAUCAUUCGCAAAAAGCCACAGUUUCCUGCACUGAGUGUAGUUAAAGGCAGGUCCACCUUUACUGCAAUUGCAGCCUUUGACAAUGGCUGCUCAAGCUGACGCCAUCUGAAUAGAUGCAGGAACGGGAAUCAGCUGGGAAAAUAUCACAUUUGCUUUCUGCUCUACAAUUAGCAAAUGGAACCCAUUGUGUUCAUGGAGAAUAGGAGCUCUCCCUCAGCCACUAUCUGUUUUUCCUGGCUGGUGCAAACUGUUUCCUCCUCCCAGAAUGGCAUGGAAGCUACAGCAAAGGACACAAAGGCCAGAUUCUUCACCAGUGCUGGUCCCUCUGAUGGUCAUUCAUAUCACAUCAAUUUGAGUUAAGACAUCAUGGCUGUCAAUACAUCACGAAAACCUCUAUAAUCCUGGCCCAGAGCAGAGCAGGGUUGAAGAGCAAAGUAGAAUAUUAUCAUUUUUCCUUUUCUAUACCCUGUUCCCAAUCACACACUGUAUUGAAGGGGACCAGAGUGGAGGAGUCUCGAUGUAAGUGUAUGGAGCUCUGGGUCCUAACCUUUAGUGGUUGUAAAGCCUUUGUGGUUAUAAACCCUAUGGACCUUCUCCUAAGAAAAUAGAAGUAAGCAUAUACAAUUAAAAUUACACAGACAGUUUCAGAGAAUAUGUGAACCUCCCCAAAUUCCUUGGAUUUCUCUGCCCAAGAACCCCCAGUUUGGAAAUCUUAAUUUGAACACAUGCUUAUGGUCUCAUAAACUUCUCAGCAGGGACCUAACCUCACUUGGACAUAGCCCCUGCAAGCUAUUUCUAAGAGAAACGUCAUUUUUCUUAAAUAUAAAAUUGCCCUGUUUUUAGACAAGAGAUAAGUUUAAUUUUCAAACUAUCCAAAUACAUUUGGCUGUUAUGGAGGGAAAAAAAAAAACAGCCUGAAGUAAACUGGUCACUAAAUUCACAUGAAUGUAUCAAUCCCACAGAUUCAAUAAAGUCAUUGUUCCUCCAGUGA